UUAUAGGGUUUACGGCUUUUAAGAUGUAAUUGAAGUUAAUUAAUCUAGUAAAAAACACACACAGCACCAGGAACCAGAGCACGUCUAGAUUUGGUCCCAAAGCAAUAAAUUUGUGUUGUGUUGUGUUGUAGGUGAACGCAGCCAAAACAACCAAACGAUGACAAUCUGGUGACAUUUCGUUCUACUUGCUUGAGUCGCUUGCUCUCCGUUAGGUUGGCAAUGAUGUAUUUAUAAGUUUACAAUUUACCUCGGUGGCUUUUUUCAUGAAAGUUGAUUAUUAAUAAUUAAAAUUAAACCACUUAAAUGCAAACGCUGGUGUAAUUUCUAUCACUAAAAGUUUCAUUCGUAAACAAACCCGCUGACUACUUCGUAACGCCUCAAAAUGAUUGCGUUUGGACCGAAGAAAGAUGGAAGCCCCAAUGUUAAAUACUUUGAAUCUCCAGAAACGUUAUCUUCUUUCGAAGUAAUACGGCAGUGGUUGCAAAAAUCAGCGAAAAAGUAUGUACAAUCAGAUCCACCGACGAACAAAAGCCUUGCAACUCUCGUGGUGCAGCUGUUACAAUUUCAAGAGGAUAACUUAGGCAAAAAUGUACAGAAACCAACAAUGACACGGAUACCUAUAAAGUUUUUUAUGGAUUUUAAACCCGGUGGCGCUCUCUGCCACAUAUUGGCAACCGCAUAUCGCUUUAAAAGUGAUCAGAAUUGGAGGAAAUUCGAUUUCCAAAUAGGAAAGAGUCCAGCUCGUUUAGAUCGAUUUAUCGAACUAUUUCAACUGAUGGAGAAGGCGCUCGUUCAAAAUAAGUUCUACAUGUUUCCGGUCAUUUAUAUACGACCGGAGAUCGACAAAAAUCUGGGAAUGAAACUGAAGGAUAUCGUGAGGAAGCGCAACGGGCAAACAAUCGACAACGAAGAGCUGGCGACUCAUAUUCUGUAUCCGCACUGCGAUCCCCUGGAGGAAGAAUACGCACGACCAGGUCUGAGAAGGGAGAAAAUGAUCAUGAUGCAUUGGUACUAUUUUCCUGAUUCUUACGAUACUUGGGUAGGGAUGGAAGGAGCGCUGGAGGGUCUGCCUGCUGACUCGCCUUCGCCCCACUCCGGUCCGUGGCGGGUCUCCUCGACGUGGCUGCUAGAUUCCGAUCAGUACAACGAGUGGAUGACCGAAGAGGAUUACGAGGUCGACGAGACGGGACAGAAGAAGAUUCAUCAGAUGAGAAUGUCCGUCGAGGAUCUUAUGAAUCCUUCUUCAGAUCUUGAUCGAAAUAAGAAGAACAAAAAACGUCGGCGAUCCCCAUCACCCUCAACACUCAAGGUGGGUAAACGCAAAAGCGGUAGAAGUCCGGCGGUCGGCAAAAAAACACGUCCCGAUGAAAUCGAACCGGAAGAUCUAACGAAAGAUAUGGAAGAGCCUAUUCCAGAACCGAACAUAGUGGAAGUCAGUCCAUCUGCGGCGAACCAGUUGGGUAAGAAGGACCACGAGCUGCAACCCUUAAAGGGGGGCUCUGUGACGGACUUGGAUGAAUCUGAAGAUCGCUGCGAAGAUUCCCAAACUGGUAAAAACAGCGACAGUAACACGCAGGACAAGGAAGAUAGCCAAGAAGACAAUGUAACCGAGCAAACUCAUCACAUCAUCAUUCCAUCGUACUCCGCCUGGUUCGAUUACAAUUCAAUUCACGAUUUGGAAAAGCGAGCUUUGCCCGAAUUUUUCAAUGGGCGCAACAAAUCCAAAACCCCGGAAAUCUAUAUGGCGUAUAGAAACUUCAUGCUCGACACCUACAGAUUAAAUCCGACAGAGUACAUCACGAGCACGGCAUGCCGACGUAAUCUCGCCGGUGACGUUUGCGCAAUCAUGCGCGUACACGCCUUUCUCGAACAGUGGGGAUUGGUGAACUAUCAAGUGGAUACAGACUCCCGUCCGUCUCCAAUGGGUCCUCCUCCCACCUCCCACUUCCACAUUCUAUCCGACACCCCAUCCGGCUUGCAACCUGUGAAUCCCCCGAAAACCUGCCAACCGAGCGCCGCCAAGACCUUACUGGAUUUGGACCGUUCGCAAGAAUAUAAAAAAAUGGACAUGAUGGAUCACAUGUCAAACUUCGGAUUAAAACUUGAUCAAUACGCGAAGAAACCGGCUUUGCUACGAAACAAAACUGCCGCCUCCUUGUCACGCGAUUGGACCGAACAAGAGACUCUGCUCCUUCUCGAAGGUCUCGAAAUGUUUAAAGACGAUUGGAAUAAAGUGUGCGAGCAUGUAGGAUCACGUACCCAAGACGAAUGCAUUCUUCACUUCCUACGGUUACCCAUUGAAGAUCCCUACCUUGAAGAUCCCGAAGCCGGUGGCGCCAUUGGGCCUUUAGCUUUUCAGCCCAUUCCGUUUAGCAAAUCGGGAAAUCCGAUCAUGUCGACGGUUGCAUUUUUAGCGUCGAUAGUGGAUCCUAGAGUGGCAGCCGCAGCCGCCAAAUCAGCUAUGAACGAAUUUGCCAACAUCAAAGAUGAGGUUCCUGCCGCUUUAAUGGAUGCUCACAUGAAGAACGUCGAGGCGUCGUCGUCCGAUGGAAAAUUCGAUCCUUCAGCCGGACUAGCUCUCAGUGGCAUCGCGGGUACGGUUCCGGAAAAGGAAGAAGAGGAUAAGGUGAAGAAGGAGGAUGGAAAGGAGGAAGAAAAAUCGGAUGGGGAACAGAAAAAGAACGGAGUGGAAUCUGAGGAGAAGUUGGAGGAAAAACCAAUCAAGGAAGAGAUUUCAGAGGAAAAGGAAGAAAAAAUGGAUAUCUCCGAAAAUAAAAGUGAAAAGCUAUUGAGAGACAGUGAAAUGCAAAGUGCAGCGGCUGCAGCUUUGGCCGCAGCGGCUGUUAAGGCCAAACAUCUUGCGGCGGUCGAAGAACGUAAGAUCAAGUCAUUGGUAGCUUUGCUUGUCGAAACCCAAAUGAAAAAAUUGGAAAUUAAACUCAGGCACUUUGAAGAAUUGGAGACGACAAUGGAACGUGAGCGGGAGGGUUUAGAAUACCAAAGGCAGCAGCUAAUUACUGAAAGACAACAAUUCCAUUUAGAACAGCUAAAAGCUGCCGAAUUUCGGGCGCGUCAACAAGCCCACCAGAGAAUGCAGGCGGAACAAGGUCAAUGGGCGGCACAACAAAACACAGUAGCACACUCGACGCCAUCUAGUGACGCGGGCGCUAGCACGACGCCCACCCCACCUUCGCCACAAGCCGCUGCGGUUGCAUCGCCGGCACCUCCACAUCACCACAUAUAGAGGAAUGGUGUGGGUGUCUGUGUUGAUCCUUAUUUUUAUAGUAUUCCAUUAUCUUUACUUUAAUGUUCGACGUAAAAUAAGUAUACAUUAGUCAUUUCGUAAAUGAGUAAAAUAGGGAAUGAAAUAUGUUCACUACUUUGUGCAAAAUAGAGGUGUGAAAACAUUGUGAUUUCA